UUUUAGUUAGACAGCAUAAGUCUGGGUUUGCGUCAAAAGAGAAACAGAAGUCCAAGUUUUUUUGUCAUUUAUUUGGUCGGACUUGUUACUCGUUUAUUCUCUCUUAGAUCCAAGCAGUUAACGUCAUUGAACCGUAAAAAUCUCCCCGUUUCUCCUUUGCUAUUCCUAUGCUUUUACUGGAUAUGAAAUAUAACAGUAACAUCUCCGUAUUUCACGGGUCGACAAAUUGCGGCUGGCAGAUAAAAGGAAAGGAAAGAGCCACGUUGGUUAGCAGCAAGACACAAAACAGAACACAGGGAGGGCGGAGAGAGAGGGAGGGAGGCACCGAGGGAGAUGACGAUGACGAUGUUUGCGUCGUCUGUUCCUUCAUGGUGGCUUGUUAAGCCUGCACAAAGCAGACGUGUUGCUCCUUCCCUCUUCCAUAAACCGGGUCUCAGUGGGCGCAGCUCGGUGUACGGGAGGGUGUUAUAUGGAAGGGAUUCGCUUCGUCUCUGCAGAUCCGGGAAGGACGCAAACACCCCUCAAAGACCGCUCGUCCUGGAUGAUGAUGAUGAUGAUGGGCCUAGGAGAAGAAUACUGCAGAUGGCUUUAUGGGCUAUGGAGGGAGUGUACAUCGGUUGGCUCUUUCUUUUACCUUAUGCUCCUGGUGACCCUGUUUGGGCAAUCAAGACUGAUACAAUUAAACUUCUGGUGGAUUUAUCCCUCAACUUCUUCUUUAUUCUUCCAUUAACAAACUCAGUUGGUAUUCAUGUAAUGGAGGCACCCACAAUUCAUCCUGUCAGUGAAGCGCUGUUCAAUUUUGUCAUUGCUUGGACACUCAUGUUUGCCCCACUGCUUUUCAAGGACCGGAGGAAAGAAAACUUCAGUGGGUCUCUGGAGAUUCUAUGGGUAGUUCAGAUGUUUCUUACCAAUACUCUCCUAAUACCUUACAUGGCAAUUCGACUGGGUGAUAUCAAGAAUAGCACUAGCAGGGUUAAAAGGGAUCCCUCUUGGUUGGCCCUAGUAAUGACAGGAGGAGCUACUGUUGUAGCAGUUAUUGGUGCUAUCAUGGGUGUCACCUCCAUUUUCUGGGGUGCCCUUGGUCGAAGUGACGAAGGCUUUGGAACUUUGGCUGAUCGGUGGGACUUCCUCGUUGCGUAUUUGGGAUCUGAUCGGCCAACCUACGCUUUCAUCUGGGACAUUUGCCUUUAUUCCAUAUUUCAACCAUGGUUAAUUAGUGACAACAUUCAAAAUGUUGAUGAAAAUAGAGUUAAAAUAGUAAAUGUUCUAAGAUUUGUUCCUUACUUUGGCUUAGUUGCUUAUUUACUGAGCUCAAAGAACGAUGCAAAAUCAUGAAAUUAUGCAGGUUUAUUUAGCCA